AUGGCCGAAUCAGCCGACAGAAAGGAAUUGUUAAUAUCCACCCAAGAAGAGGCUGAUAAAGAGGUGAUGGUGGAGGGGCCUGAGAAACAGCCAGAGCACGGUGAAAGUGCCGCAGCUGGGCCUGGAAAUGAUGGAGAGUGCGGUGAAGAAGCCGCCUCUAGUCCUGGGGAAGAAGGGGGGAAAUGUGAAAAUGCUGCUGGGUCUGGGGAAGACGGGGCAAAAGGUGAAAUUACUGAUGAGGACUCAGACCCAGACCGUCCAAAAGGACUUAUUGGUUAUCUUUUAGACACAGACUUUGUUGAAAGCCUACCUAUGAAGGUUAAGUACCGUGUGUUAGCCCUCAAAAAGCUUCAAUCUAGAGUGGCAAAUCUAGAAUCCAAAUUCUUGAGGGAUUUUCAUGACAUUGAGAGAAAGUUUGCUGAAAUGUAUCAGCCCUUGUUGGAAAAAAGACGUCAGAUUAUCAAUGCAAUCUAUGAACCUACAAAAGAGGAAUGUGAAUAUAAAUCAGACUAUGAGGACUAUGAUGAUGAUGAUAUGUAUGAUGAGGAAGAGAUGUAUGGAAAUGAAGAUGGUAUGGUAUAUGAGUAUAUGGAUGAGGGCUAUGAGGAAGAUUAUUAUGAUUAUGCUAUUGUGGAGGAUGAUGACAACAAUGCCGCAGCUGCUGCUGACAUUGAGGCUGCUGGGGAGAAUAAUGAAGAUCCUCAAGGAAUUCCUGAUUUUUGGCUGACUGUCUUAAAAAAUGUUGACACACUCACUCCUUUGAUUAAAAAAUAUGAUGAGCCUAUUCUGAAACUCCUGACAGAUAUUAAAGUGAAGUUUUCAGAUCCUGGUGAGCCUCUCAGUUUCACACUGGAAUUUCACUUCAAACCCAAUGAAUAUUUCAAAAAUGAGCUGUUGACAAAGACCUAUGUGCUGAAGUCAAGACUGGCAUAUUAUGACCCCCAUCCCUAUAGGGGAACUGCGAUUGAAUAUUGCACAGGCUGUGAAAUUGAUUGGAAUGAAGGAAAGAACGUCACUUUGAAAACCAUCAAGAAGAAGCAGAGACAUCGGAUCUGGGGAACAUUCCGAAUUGUGACUGAAGAUUUUCCCAACGAUUCAUUCUUCAAUUUCUUUACUCCUUACGGAAUCAGCUCAAAUGGAAAUGAUGAUUUUUUACUUGGUCAUAAUUUACGUACUUACAUAAUCCCAAGAUCAGUUUUAUUUUUCUCAGGUGAUGUACUUGAACCUCAGCAGGAGGGAGUAAUUAAGGAAGUUAAUGAUGCAAUUUAUGACAAAAUUAUUUAUGAUAGUUGGAUGGCUGCAAUUGAGGAGGUUACAACCUGUUGGAAAAAUAUUCAGGCGAUGGUCGAAGACAUUGACCGCUAA